AUGAGGGAUGAUGGAACUUUCGAUCUCAAUUCUUUGAGAGAAGCACUCAACGUUGGGCAACCGCGUCCCGUACCUACUCUAGCUCAGACCGAAAAAAACAUCCUCUACGAGGCGGACCAGUCCCGAACCGUACCGAUGAGCAGAAAGCCCGUGACUUUGAGGUUGGAUUCUUGGGCGAACAAUAUGCUCCCUGGAUUCACAGGAGAGGUUAAUUGGACUAGUUCUUUGCGCACUCGCGCCGGUUUCCCGGCCUUUGGCCGCGAAAUAUCAGACUUUACCUAUUUAGAUACAGAGGGUGCGCUUACCCAUCAAUUCAUGCAGACACAGCAUCACCAUGAAGUACCAGAUUGGCUCAAUACAUGCUGCAACGGUGGCAAUGUGCCACGAUAUCGCAUAGAGGUCAAGAGCACAACUAGCCGAGACGCAACCACUCCUUUCUAUAUGAGUGAAAAUCAGCACAAGUUGGUAAAAAAGCUGCGCGUCACCUCGGAGACGCCUUCUGAAAUCUACAUUAUCUUGCGAGUCUUUGGUUUGAAUGCAUUAGAAGAAGGGACGCAACAUCAGCCACAAUGGAAAGCGUAUAUGGAUCCGUACAGUCUAGUCAAACAUAAAGCUACUGAUUUCAGACGACCGUCGCGUUGGCAUCGUGUAGAUGGUUUGGGAGUUCACUCUAAGAGUGAGCCCAUUCAAUAG